GACAUGAGAAUCUGACCUCACAGGAGAUGCAAAUAACUUGCGCAACGUGUGAUAAUCGAGACGCCAACAUGCCCCGUCAAGCGGAAGCAAGUUCAUUGCCAGGCAGUAAAGUUGUGUUUGAAGCGUUCGAGAGUGAACCUGUAAAUGGCAAGCCAUCCUUAGCUUUUGUAAAUUACACUGGGCCGGCUGCGAAAAUCAACAAGGAUGCUGAAACUCGGAGAUCCAUCCGGAGGCAUGUUAUGAGGGAUAUUGGACGAAGCAGAAGGGCAACAAAUGUUUCCCUCGUUCCUGGUUCGGUUGCCGCAAGCCCACUACAAGCCACCCCAGCCCAGAACUCUGCCGGGGACCUUGCGGGCUAUCAAGAUCUUACCCCUCGAUGCUGUUUCUCCGGGUGCCGCAACCCUGGGCCAUACGCCGAACAGCCUAUCAUGAAUGUCUUGAACCCGGAAAAUCCAAUCAUCUAUUGCAACGAGCACCAGAGAAUCUUUGGAGAUCCUGCAGAAGCAGCCACUCUCCAAAUUGAGUUGCAGUACAUGGUGAACCUGAGACAAAUUACUAGGCUUGGGUCGGGGAGGAUUGACCCUUUUCUCCCCUACCCAAUCAAUUUGACUCCCCGAGUCCGCAGAUUCAUCGAUCACCUGUUUGGAAACAUAAAGAGAAAUACCGUAUGGUACUGUGAAGCUAUAUUUCCACUCGGCACAUCUGGUGAAGCUUCUUUCCACCAAAUCCUUUCCAACAUGGCCCUAUAUCUCCGUCUAUCUCGAAGCUUAGAUAACAGUGGAUACAUUAUCAGGGAUGAGAUGAAGUACGAGCUGACUGAGGAGGUCGCCCACCAAGCAAAAGUUUACCGCCUCGUCAACAACAUGAUUGCAACGAAGGAAGCGACAAACGAAGAUGCGAUUGGUGCUGUGGCUGCUUUGACGUGUUACGCUCAUGUAGCGCAAGACAUGCGUGCUCUCACAACCCAUAUGGGCGCUUUACGAAGGAUGGUCGAACUCCGCGGCGGUAUUGCAACCUUGGAUUCGAAUAAGUUCCUACGAAUAUCUUGUUACUGGAUCGAGGUGAAUAUUUGUUGCACACAGGACAGCAGACCUGUCUGGCCAGUCCCUAUCCAAUGGUAUCCACCAAGAGCACCGCUUCCCUCUGACGUCGAGCUGCCACCCGGGGCCCAACGCAUCUUGGAGGCUUGGAAAAAGCGGCGCAUCUUCCACCAGCAACCUGAUUUCGUUCAAGACGAAGAAAUUCUUCAAGUCUUUGACGAGAUGGCUCGUUUCAGUAUACACACAAUAGAAGAGGAACGCCGAACGGCAUCUGCAAUUUACGAAAAUCCCGAUUUCACCGGUACCUUCGUCAAUAUUUUCCUCUGGCACCUACUGCGAGCACAACCGGUCUCGGAUGUACUCGACUCGAAUGCUAUACUUCGAGAGGCUGUCCGCCUGGGGCUACUUUUGUUCCUCGCCUGCGUCAAAAGACGUUUUGGCCUCUACCCAGUCACAUUUACGAUACAUGUUGAGAAAUUGGUAGCUGUUCUAAGUCUAGAUCAGGUGGUGUGGCAAGGAUUCCAGCACUUGAAAAUUUGGAUCAUCGCCAUGGGACUGCUCGAAGCAAUUGACAAAUCACACGUUGGUUCUCUGGCAAGUGAAUGGGUGAAAACUUUGAAGGAAGAAGGCAUUGAAGACCAGUCCGAGGCAGAGGUAAUUGUGAAAGAAAUUGUGUGGAUCGAAAGUAUACAUGGCCUGAGGUACAAAGAGGUGCGUGAGAGAUUUUGGGGUUAAGCGACGGAACAUGCUUCGAUUCCAUUGACUACUUGAGAAUAAAAU